CCCACUUCAUCCUUCCCAUCUCUCCCUGCUAACCCUGAUACAUCCUUCCCAGCUCUUCCUUCUCAACACGAAACAUCCUUCCCAUCUCUCCCUGCUCACCCUGAUACAUCCUUCCCAGCUCUUCCUUUUCAACACAAAACAUCCUUCCCAUCUCUUACUGCUUACACUGAUACAUCCUUCCCCUCUCUCUUUGCUCAUCCUGAUACAUCCUUCCUCUCUCAUCCUGCUCAUGCUGAUACAUCCUUCAGCUCUCAUCCUGCUCAUCCUGCUCAUCCUGAUACAUCCUUCUCCUCUCAUCCUACUCAUCCUAAUACAUCCUCCACCUCUCAUCCUUCUCAUCCUGAUACAUCCUUCACCUCUCAUCCUGCUCAUCCUGGUACAUCCUUUCCCUCUCAUCCUGCUCAUCCUGAUACAUCCUUCACCUCUCAUCCUGCUCAUCCUGAUACAUCCUUCACCUCUCAUCCAGCUAAUCCUCAUACAUCCUUUACCUCUCAUCCUGCUCAUCCUGAUACAUCCUUCACCUCUCAUCCAGCUAAUCCUCAUACAUCCUUAACCUCUCAUCCUGCUAAUCCUGAUACAGCCUUCACCUCUCAUCCAGCUCAUCCUAAAACCUCUCACCCUUCUAUGGGACAAUUCUCCUCUCUUGUAUAAUCCUAGUAUACUGGGACAUCCUGUUCUUUAUAUUACCCUAGGUUUGUAUUUUAUAAUAUUCUGUCUCUUCGUUAUUCUUCUUAUACCAUAUAAAAUCCCUUUCCUUGCAGUCUACACUAUAUAUAGCAUACCUGAGAACCCUCCACCCUUUGUAUUUUUCUGGUGUAAUAGAUUACACAGACCCCUGUAUUCUAUGUAUUCCCCCUGUUACAUCUGUUUGGGUGUCCACUGUCCAGUUGGGUUUAGUCUCUUCACAUACAUUCAAAUAGUUUAGAAAGCUGAGAUUAUACACGUUUGCACAAAAUUAAUAAGAAAACAUAAGUAAA